GAUAAAUUCGCAUCGACCCCAGCUACGUGGUCACGCUCAGAAAACACAUAAGGCACUUAGUUAACCUCAAAUUUCUAGUCUGCCGAUCUGAGACAUUCUUUUGAUCUCAUAAUGUCCGAGGACGAAGUCGAAAGUUUCGAAAUAACAGACUAUGAUUUGGACAAUGAAUUCAACAUCAAUCGUCCUCGCCGAAAAAUGUCCAAAAAACAACAGAUGCUUGGAAUAUGGGCUGAUGACAGCGAUGAAGAAGAAGUGCCGGCACGACCCUCCUUUAAAUCAUCAAAUCGUGGCCCAAAGAAUUACACUGCACCAGUCAGUUUUGUUGCUGGUGGUAUUCAGCAGGCGGGACAACCCAAGGAUGACAAGAAGGAGUCUGAUGGAGACAAAGAUGAUGACGACGAAGGAGGUCGGCCGAGGCGAGGAGAUGCUGAUUAUGUUCCCAAUAGUUCUAGUGACUCAGAUGACGAAGGACCGAGCUUUGCUAGAGCAAAGCCAUCAUUUUCAUUGAAUCUAGACGGUGACAUAGCUGGCCUGAGAAAAAAAAGAACACCAGUUAACCCAGUACUUAUGAAAUCAGGGGUCGGAAGUUGGGAAAUGCAUACCAAAGGAAUUGGAGCGAAACUCUUGCUUCAAAUGGGUUUUGAACCCGGUAAAGGUCUUGGUAAGAAGCUGCAAGGUAUAAUGGCUCCGGUAGAGGCUCAUCUCCGCAAAGGCAGAGGAGCGAUAGGUGCUUACGGUCCAGAGAAAUUGGUCAAGGUGCCUGAAAAGAAAAAAGACGAGGAUGUAGAGGAGGAAAAAGAGUUCAAAGCAAAAUUAUCGCAAUGGCGAAAGGGGGAGACGGUCAGUAAGAAGAAAGUGAGAUAUUGCUAUAAGAGCGUUGACCAGGUUCUGGAGGAUGGCAAGUUAAGACCGAACAGAAGAGUCCAACUGAACAGUGACAUGAGCAAAGUCAAAGUCAUCGACAUGACAGGACCUGAACAACGAGUAUUAAGCGGCUAUCAUGCGAUCGGUAGUGGACAACAACGGCCUGACGAGACUGUGACGCCGGUCGACGUAAAGAGGACGGGCGUGAAUUUCGCCCUCCCUGAACUCCGCCAUAAUCUCAAUUUACUAGUCGAUUUGUGCGAGCAAGACAUUAUACAGAACGAUCGCCGAACUCGUCAUAUGUCUGACAGGGUCGUAGCUCUUGAGGCAGAAAGAUCAAACCUAUCUAAGAUAGUAGACCAGCAUGAACAGCUAAUGGACACUCUGGAAAAUGUUCUAUCUAUCGUCGAUCAGCUCAUGGACCAAUCCAACGAUCUGUCUCUAGAGGAAACUGCUGUUGCUUUUAAAGAUCUUCAAGAGAAAUAUUACGAAGAGUAUAAAAUGUACGAAUUAGGCGAACUUGCCACAGGCCUGGUCGGUCCCAAAGUCAAGGAAUUCUUAGCCACUUGGAAUCCAUUGACUAAUCCUACACUCCCCAUUCCGCUGUUCAAGCAGUGGAAAAAUAUUCUUGAAACUGGUAGAAGCACCCUGCAAAACGGAGCUCUCGAACCUUACGAUCAACUUGUAUGGAACUCUUGGAUGCCAUCGAUCCGAGGCGCUGUACAACAGUGGGCUUGUCGGCAACCUGAUCCCCUAGUCGAUCUUCUAGAGCAAUGGAUUCCUCUUCUGCCAGGAUGGAUACUAGAAAAUAUACUCGAUUUAUUGGUUCUCCCCAAAUUGACGCUGGAAGUUGAGGAGUGGAAUCCGCUCACUGACACAGUGCCAAUUCAUACGUGGAUUCAUCCCUGGUUACCGUUGAUAGGUAAUCGCUUAGAUACCGCAGUGUAUCCGAUCAUUCGCCGUAAGUUGGGCUCAGCGCUGGGAGGAUGGCAUCCUUCGGACAGAUCAGCGAGACUGAUGCUGCAGCCGUGGUCCCUGGUGUUCAAAAAGGGGGACAUGGAAGCUUUCCUGGUAAAGAACAUCAUUCCAAAACUGCAAGUGGUUUUAGCCGAGUUUGUGAUCAACCCGCACCAGCAGCACCUGGACCAGUGGAACUGGGUAUUUGAAUGGAACGAAAUGCUUCCGAUUCACACGAUGGCGGGUCUACUGGAUAAAUUCUUUUUCCCGAAAUGGCUUCAAGUCUUGGCUCUCUGGUUGAAUCAUUCUCCCAAUUACGAUCAAGUCACCAACUGGUAUAUGGGAUGGAAGGGAAUGCUGAGUGACAAACUGCUGGCAGAGCCGCAAAUAAAGGAAUACUUCAAGAAGGCGUUGGACAUGAUGAACAGAGCGGUAGCGGCACCUCAGGGACACCAACCCGGGGCAAUGGAACAAGUAUCAUACCUCACAAAUCUCGAAAGAACUCAAGCCACUCUUCCUCCGUCUGCGCCAGUCGCUCAGCCCAGAAUGGAGAGAAUUGCCGAGGCUGUACGUACCGCGUCGCAAAUUCCACAAGGCUUCAAGGAUCUCAUACAAAAGCGGUGCGAGGAAAGAGGCAUCCUCUUUAUGCCUGUGCCAAACAGAUACAGGGAAGGGAAACAAGUUUAUAAAGUCGGUAACGUUCAGGCUUACAUCGAUAGAAACGUCGUCUUUGUUUGCCACAACGGAUCCACAUGGGCUCCGACUCACUUGAACGCGUUACUGGAUAUGGCCGAGAUAUAGGAUUGUAAAUACCAUUGUACAUACUUGCGAUUAAGUCUUAGACUUUAGAUAAAUUAAAUAUACUCACACAUGGUAAAAUGAUUUAACGUAUUUUAA